UUCAACCAUGAGAAAGCUAAAAGGAGCAGUCAAGGAAACAGCCAAACAGAAACGAGAGAGGAAACAAGAAUUCGCUAAAAUGCGACAGCAAAUCAACACGAUAGUUUUACCAACUUUUGGAGUUAUUUUCUUACUCAUCUGUACAUACGUGUAUUUCAAAACCAGACCAACCUCGAUGCAAUAUGCAUAACACAGAUAAUUUCAGGCUUUUUAGUAUAAAUUAUUAAAACAUUUGAUAAGGACUAAAACUGGGAAAUAUUUAAGUAUAAGGUUGUGAACUGAUUCUGAUGCAGAAUGGUAAAGGAAUGUACCAGAACAUGACUAUCUUUGAUAUGAUUCUUCAAUAGGUAGUAUAUCUUGCAUGUCAGAUUUUAUUUAAAUGCAAAUUUUUACCUAUACAUAUACAACAUUCCAUCA